UGUUCCUCUGGAAGGAGAGGGAAAAGGGUUGUUGCCCAUUUGGGUUAGAAUGGGGAACUUUGAAGCUCUGUUCACUGUUCUAAUAAUCUCUCUAGCUGCAUUUCAUCAGAGUUCAGUUUAGGUCAAGCUUGCCAAGAGCAUGUAUUUUAACUGGGGUGCUCAGAAUUCCUCCAUCUUGGGCAAUGGUGAUGAAGUUCAACUUGUGUUGGAUAGAACUUCAGGAUCUAGCAUGCAAUCUAAGAAAGCAUUCCUAUUUGGGAGCAUCCAAAUGCUGAUCAAAUUAGUACCUGGGAAUUCUGCCGGUACUGUAACAGCAUACUAUAUGUCUUCCACUGGUAGCAUGCAUGAUGAGAUAGACUUUGAGUUCUUAGGAAAUGUAUCUGGACAACCUUACAUUAUCCACACAAAUGUCUUCACUCAGGGUGUUGGAAACAGAGAGCAGCAAUUCUACCCAUGGUUUGACCCAACUGCUGAUUUUCACAACUACAGUAUGCAUUGGAACCCCAGUGAGAUUGUGUGGUUUGUUGAUGGGACACCAAUCAGAGUUUUUCGCAACUAUGAGAGUGAGGGCAUCACUUACCUAAACAGACAAGGGAUGAGAGUCAAUUCCAGCAUAUGGAAUGCUGAUGACUAGGAACCCAGAGGAGGUCUUG